CCAGUGACGUCAGACAAGCAACGACAAGACGACGCCAUUACCGUUAGAUUGAAUUGACCUUUUCUACAAGACUCGAUUUAAAACGAUUUUUACCAACAGAAACAACACAAAUACAGCAUAGAACAGUUUUUAACUAGAACACGACUGAAGUAAGCAAUUCUUACUAGAAAAGCAGACAACGUACAGUCACGGGGCUCACCGCGAAAUCUCACGGGUUCCGAGUCCAGAAUGCGAAAAUAAUUACGUUGGGUACAAAAUGGCGCGUGUUCUUUCCCCUUCGACAUGCGCAGACUGAUCGGAGGCUUUCGCUCUGUAAUGAAGCCGACUUCCCAUAAAACACGAGAGCCAAUGAGCUUGGCGGACCUGACGCGUCUUAGUCAAUUCGACCAAUCACAUCCGCGGAUCGGCACAGAAUAAGACACGUGCAGCCAAUUAGAGAGCAGGAUCGAUUUGUUUUAUUUGCAAAGAGUGGGAAACGAAGAGCACCAAUGAAAAGGCGUCAUUUGCAGCGCCGCUUUCGUACGCACCAAUCACUUCGCAAACAUUAGUGCAGCCUAUAGAAAACCGCUCAGAUGGCGGCCAAUCAAAACACUGGGAAUUUGCCCACAGCGGCCUCACUAGCCAAUAGGGAUCCGAGAAACACAACCUCGGCUCAACAGCUUGUUAUUUCGUUUAUGCCUUUGCAACCUAGUCGAAUGCUGAGCUGAAGCAGUCAUAUAGGAGCAUCAGUCGAAACCAAUCGAGCUGGACUCCCUCAAAUAGCCAUCAAGAUGAAGGUAGCAGAUGAACCUGCCUACCUGACCGUGGGGACGGACGUGAGCGCGAAAUACCGCGGUGCCUUCUGCGAGGCAAAAAUUAAGACUGUUAAACGCAUGGUGAAAGUUAAGGUUAUGCUUAAAGGAGACAGCACCUCACAAGUUGUCCAAGAUGACCAAGUGAAAGGUCCUUUAAGGGUUGGCUCAACAGUGGAGGUGAGGAGCCCAGAGGGUGGACUUAGUGAAGCUGUCAUCAGUAAACUUACAGAUGCCAGCUGGUACACUGUGGUAUUUGAUGACGGAGACGAGAAGACGCUCAGAAGAACGUCGCUGUGUCUCAAAGGAGAAAGACAUUUUGCAGAGAGCGAGACUUUGGAUCAACUGCCCCUGACUAACCCAGAGCACUUCGGCACUCCUGUCAUUGGAAAGAAGACAAACCGAGGUAGAAGGUCUUCUCAGGCAGUAGCAGAGGAUGAGAAGGAGUCUUCAUCGAGUGAAGAUGACGAUGAUGACAGAAGGAGGCUUAAUGAUGAUCUGUUGGGGAAAGUUGCUUAUAUUGAGAGCGGAUCGGACAGUAAUUCAUGGUUCUGUGCACUGGUAAUAUCUCCAAGUUGCAAUGAUGACAUAACUAUCAAAAAGGACCAAUGUUUAGUGAGGUCAUUUGCUGACUCCAAAUUUCACACAGUGGCACGCAAAGAUAUUCAUGAGGUGAAGAUCAACACCAUCUCUAAACCUGAAUACUCGAACAGGAAAGGGUUUGAAGCAGCACAACUUUUCCAAGAGUCCAAGCAGAUCCCUGACAGCUGGAAAAUGGACUUAAGUGAGAUUCUGGAAUCUUCAAGCAGUGACGAGGAGGAAGGGGAGGAGGUGGAUGAUGAAGAUGGUGAAGGCGAAGGCAAAGAAAGUGAGGAAGAGGAGAAAAGGCCAGUGCAAGAAGAGCCUGAUGAUGAGCCUGAUCCAGAAGAGAGGGACCAUUUUCUACAGCAGCUCUACAAAUUCAUGGAGGACAGAGGGACACCAAUUAACAAACCUCCCGUGCUUGGCUACAAGGAUCUUAACCUCUUCAAGCUCUUCCGGCUGGUGCAUCAUCAUGGCGGCUGUGACAAUAUUGAGAGUGGAUCUAUUUGGAAACAGAUCUACAUGGAUCUUGGCAUCCCGGUGCUGAACUCUGCCGCCUCUUACAACGUGAAAACGGCAUACAGAAAGUACCUGUACGGAUUUGAGGAGUACUGCCGCUCGGCACAGAUCCAGUUUAGGACGGUGCACCACAACGAGCCUCGACCGGACCGCUUGCCAGAGGUGAAGAGCGACCAGCCUGUGAAAAACGAAAGUGAAGAGGAGGAGGAGGAAGUGGUGCAGCCGAUUAAAGCAGAGUCUGAGGACGGAGAUGAGUCUGACGCAGAGAGCGAAAAGGGACUUAAAGAUAUCUGCUCACCCAGGGGCCGGCGGCGGUGCACUCUGACCCCUGUGAAAGUAGAGGGCAGGGAUCCUUUGAAAGUGAAGGAGGAGAAGAAAAAGGAGGAGACACCAAAAGGAGGGGAGGGCAGUGGAGAGGAACCAAAGGAGAAAGCCGAUGGCGAGUAUCCUGGGAAACGACGCAGCCGUCGCCUCGAGGAAUCCGAUAAAGAGUCUGAUGAUGAGGACUUAGAAGAUGAUGAAGAUGAAGAGGAUGAUGUAGAGAGACCUGCACUCGUGGACAGGGAUGAUAGGGAAGAUGGUGAUGGCUGUGAAGACUCUGAGCACUCUUUGGCUGGCACUAAAGUCAAAGUGAAAUACGGCAAGGGAAAGACACAGAAGAUCUACGAAGCCAACAUCAAAAGCACUGAGACCGAUAAUGGGGAGAUUUUAUACCUGGUGCAUUACUACGGCUGGAAUGUUAGAUACGAUGAGUGGGUUAAAGCCGAUCGAAUAAUAUGGCCUGUCGACAAGGGUGGAACAAAGAAAAAACAAAAGAAAAAGGUGAAGAAUAAAGAGGAUGGAGAAAGGGAAAAGGAUGAUGAUAAACAGGUCAAAGUACCAAGGCGUGGUCGUCCUCCGCUUAAAUCCACCCCUCCAAACACAUCUGGCAGUGGGUCUAAGACCCCAACCAGUGAGGGUCGAUCCAGCAGCAAGAACUCGCGGUCCACAGACGGCUCUGUCCUGCCAAACGGAGAGGGUACCCCUCGUCGACGCACAAGAACAACUUCUGGGAUGUAUGAUGAUUCUGACAGGGGGUCUAAUGAUUCAGGAAACUCUUCAGAUGAUAGCGAAUGUGAGGACUCUCCUGAGAAGAAGCCAGAGUGGACGGAGAGAAUCGAUCCACCACCGACAGAAAAUGAAGAGGUGGAAGAUGAGCCUCAGGAGGAUGAGAGCAGAUUAUCAGAACCUACACAGGACGAGCCCGAAUGUCCCAAUAGUCCUGAUGAGAUGCCCAACUUCCAGGACACAGACAAACCUGAAGAAGACACAACCCUAAUUCCGGAGUCUGAUGAUGGAUCUCCAAAAUCAAGAGUAAAUAAGCCUCAACCGAGAGAAGCGGAGUCAGAGACUCCAACACAAACACCCGUCACUGCUAAUCAUUCAGAGACAGAGGAACCCUGCACUCCUCCGCGGCCUGCUAAGAAAUCCCAAGAAACACUGCAUAGCAGUCCUGAGGAGAGCAUACCUGACACGGCCGGCUCAGACACGGACUCGGCCACGGAGGAUGUGUGGCCUUCAGAACGAAUCGGCGCUGUGAAGCGCAAAACCGCUGAACAGCGGACACCGGAAAAGAAGAUUCGCCUGGAUAGAAAGGAAGAACCUAAUAUGCUGUCUCCAGUGAAAACGCCACCUUUGGAAAAGUCAUCAGAGGUUGAGAGGAGGCCUGAGCCAAUCCAGAAACCCGAAGAACAUCCUACCCCAACACUGUCAUCACCCAGCAAAGAUCUGGAGGUGAAGUCUGAGAUGCCCGCACUAACCAGAGAGGUGCACAUCAGGUUAGAACCUCUAUGUUCUGAGAUGGACGAUCCUACAAUAGCCACGAACGAAGAAAUGAUGCCUCAGAUUGGCCCCGAAGCACUGGUUUGUCAUGAAGUUGACCUCGAUGACCCAGAGGAGAAGGAUAAACCAUCUGGUGAAGAGUUACUGAUGAUGAUGAAGGAAGAGAAAGUUAAGCUUCAGCCUCUGGAGCCUUCGGAACAUCUUCCUCACGCCAUGGUUCCGGUGGGACCUCCUCGUCUGUUUUCACCGUCGUCUACCCCCAGCCCCGAUGAGUCCCACAGCACUAAAAGCGAAAGCGACGCUACGAUCGAGGUGGACAGCGUGGCAGAAUCGCAAGAAGGUCUAGGAGAAAAUGAGUCUACUCAUAGUUUUGAUGCUAGUGCCAGUUCCAGCAACUCCAGCAUCUCACUACAGGACAGAGAUGCAAAGGACAGAGGUCAGAAAAGAUUAUUAGAUUGCACUACAGGCUCAUUGUCCAAGAAGCAGAAACGCAGCCAGAAACGUUCAAGUGUGGUCUGCAAAACCGAGAACAAUGGAGCAGGUCUCAGUAGCGACAGCGAGGACCCAUCGGCCAUGGACAGUUCAAAUAAGCUAACCCCAGUAAAGCACUCCAGCCUGCCCAAGAGCCAGAAGCUUUCCCGAUCACCUGCCCUGGUUUCUCCCAAUAGUAAAGACAUGGAGAAAGACAAGCACAAAGAGAAGCCGUCCGUCCCUUCCCCCCGCGCAUAUAAGUGGUCCUGCCAGCUAACUGAUCUGGACAACAUGUCGAGUACCGAGCGAAUUUCAUUCCUGCAAGAGAAGCUGCAGGAAAUCAGGAAGUAUUACAUGUCACUCAAGUCUGAAGUGGCAUCCAUUGACAGGAGGCGGAAAAGGUUAAAAAAGAAGGAAAGAGAAGUGUCACAUACAACGGCAUCCACAUCGUCAGGCUCAUCAGACACGGGCAUGAGCCCGUCUUCAGCUUCCCCCACUCAGAACACUGUGGCAGUCGAGUGCAGGUGAUGUCACGCCCGUGCCCUGCCCCACUUCUGCCUUUCAGCAUUCUGCCGGCGCCGCCUCCUCAGAGACAUACAUGCUGAUGAGCCAGAGCAAGCAGCCAAUAGCACUAGACUGCCCGCCUCCAUGUCUCAUCUGAGUCCUAUUGGCCACUCCCACCUUCUGCACUUUGUAAACUGAUCCUGCCUCCACUCGCUCGCUGUCGCUACCGCACCAGGGAACGGACUCCAUGUGAGGGUUGAAUGUAAUCUAUGGUAUCAAAGCUUACAAUUUAUCCAUCCAGAAAGAAUUUAAUGGCACUUUCCACUUUGUUCGCUACAAACCCUGAACAGAAACCCGAAUUCGGAUGCAGUAGUCAAUCAUUCGUACGAGAACGUGGUAAGAACCUCGUAUGAGAUCCCUAGGUAAUGGUAACUUAACCAGCUGGACAUGGUUAUUCAAUGAAAGGUCAAUUGUAAUGCGCUUGCUCCAUCAGAACUGCCAAAGUACGCGUGCGUUACAGCAGAGUGCCCUAUUUUGGAAAAAUAGGACAAAGACAAUUGCAAACGGGAAUGUAGUUUACUGAAAACCACAGCCGGCGUCUUCCACUCACCUUGGUGCGCGAGCGCAGAAAAUUAUGCAAAAACCUAUUUUUGUCGACUUCUUUUUAAGAAAAUAAGAAACGAAAACUGAGAGGAAAAAACUUGAGAAAAUGUUUACAGUGGAACACGAGACAAAUCUGUUUUCAGUGGACUAAUUUCCUUUUGCAACUUGUAUUUUGUCUUUUUUAUAUGUAAUUGCAGAGUUUUUAUUUUAGUAUGGAAAAUUUCAAAAAGUAUAUAUCACAGCCGUGAAGUUAUUUAAUGAAAGAUUUCUAGAGCUGAAAUUUUGUGUAAAAUAAAGGUAUUAUCUUGCAACUUGUUAAAUAUAUUUAUUCAGUACGUGGACAGCGUUUUUGUAUUUUUUACAAGAGAGUCACACACAAUCCCCCCCAUGUUCAAUUGAGUUGGUGGGGUAGAAGGAACAAUUUUUUGAGGUCAUCUUGAUCGUUUGAAUGUGAUGUCACAAUUGGGUAACUAACUACUACUGUGCAGUAAACGGUGUCCUUUCCCUAAAUAGCUUAAGACCUUUAUUGAACACCAAAAAUUGGUGAACUGCUUUUCAUCCCCUUGAUUUCCUGGUACUUUGUUUGUUAAUUUAAACAGUUAUUCUUAUUUUCUUUUUGAGUUCUCGACCAAUUGAAUAGAUCAGUUGCUUCUCGCGCGAGUAUGUUAAGCCCGGGGGUUUCUUACUGUUCCUUUGUAAAUAGAUCUUCUUCCAAAACCAUGUAUUUGAAAAUACAUUUUACACAAACUGUAAAAAUGAUUUAUAUUAUUUUUUAAAACAGUACAUCCUUGUAUAUUAAUUUUUCUUUUCUAUGUCAAGUUGGUAGACGCAUUAGCACAUCUUUAGACUGUGUAUAUAUAAUCCACCACUUAGGAACCUAAACCAAGCUGUCUAAAGAGUGAUGAAUCCAUGACUGUGUCGAACAUUUACUGAAUUACGAUUAUUCACUGAGAUGAAAUUGUAAAAAUUCACUUCCCUGUGACUUCAGUUUAUUUACAGGUUCCUGAACUGAAUUGAAUGAAGGCAUUAGGUUCCUGAGCAAAGCCAUUGUAUCUUUAUGUAAAAUAAGAGGAGUUCUCAUUUCUAAUAAAGUUUUGAAAUAUUCA